CAUCCGGAGUACUAAAUCCCAACUCAACAUCUUAUUCGAUUGGUAAUUUAGAAGACCUACUAUAUGAAAAAUCAACGUCAAAAUAGUCACAUUUAACAAUUGGAGUUCAAAAAUCUUCAAAGACAAACUCAUAUCUGUUGUUCGUGGCAUAAUCGUACCUACUGUACCUACUUAUUGCCUACUUGUAUUUGCCCUCUCCAAGUGCGACUCCAAACUCUCAAACGGCAGACCAACGACAGACUGCAAACUAUCUGCGGAAAGGCAAACGAGUAGAAAUCUGCGAAGCCUCUCGAUAUCCUACUAUUUAAUCUACACAACACCUUUCGCGUAUCCUGAAAUACUUCAACAGAUCUUGGACUCACAGCGAAGCAGCAGUCCGCCAUUACAUUCCUCAUCCGAUACUUGCACAACCCGCCCCCAAAGAACAGCUGAGCAUAACAAAAGCAGAGGAAUCUUCUUUUACCUCCCACAGCCGAUUGUGUUAGACAAAUUCAUACACUAGAAAACUUCGGGAUUAGGCAUACACGACCACAGUAGGCGGGAUUAAAGAUUCUGGGUCGUUGGCUGAUGCCGCGGGGCAGGCUCACAAAGAGCCGUUUCGUACCUUGCUAGCAUUAAGUUAAGCACUAGACUUAGAGAGCGAGUACUUUCUCCGUCAUUUGAGAUAUUAACUAGGUGCUAAACGUUUCGUAAUAUACCUCCGUCCGAUUGGGAAGGCAUCCGCAACGACCUCUUUUCAAACAUUUAGAUUACAAUAAAUCUAGGGGCAAUCAUACGUUACCGCCGCGGAAGUCUUCCUUAGUCAGUUUCGUUUCAUACUACUCCUAUGACAUCAAGCAUAAGUCACGAAAGACAAACUUCCCUGGGGGUUACAAGGAAAGGAUUGGGAUGGAUUCACAGUUUCUGGCUUCUCGAGAAGAACUAUAUCAUGUUCAGAUGGACGUGAAGCAUGUACAAGCCGUACAAAUUAAUCAUUCCGACCGUCUCAUGAGACUAGAAAAACGACAAGCGGACGACGCCGCCCUCAAAUCUGUCUGGGGUACAAACUCACCGUUUCCUGGUAUUUUGAGCGGCACUCCCCAACACGGUUUGUGACAGGUACAACCUUUACAGCGCUAGUUAGACUACUGACGCAUGAAUUAUAGGUCCCGUUCACAACUCUCCAACGGAUGUUUUUGAUGAUUUUGACGAUGAAGAAGAGCAAAAUCUGCUUGGGAGUCUUCAUCUAGAUAAUGAUGAGGAACCAGUGCGUAGAGGCGCUUCGAGGGCAAACAGUGUACGAUUCGAUGUAAGCGCUCUACAGGGCUCGCAUUGGGCACAAACAUCAAGGUCAUCAGGGGAAUUUGGCCCCAUUCGCCCGACUAGUGGAUUUGGCAGUCAUCCUAUGACAGAGCGCUCUUCAUCACAUAAAUCAGAUGGGCGACAUAGCUCUGCUGGCCACUCUGUACACUCGACCCACUCUGUUCCCUCUGGACGCACAAGCAGUCUAGGAUUGGACACCAACUUUAUGAUUGGGGACCCAGACGGCGAUUCACCCUUGGAAAUAGCGAACCCUCCCCCAGGUCUAUUCAUAUUGGGAUCAGUACCUUCUAUUAUCAGAUGCUGGCUUACGGUCAAUUUCUCUCACAGCGCACUCCUAUAUGCCGAUGUUUGUACAGGCUCGCAGAAAUCCAUUCUUGAAUAUUCACUUGUGAAAGAGCUUGGCCUAACAAACCAGAUGCAAAAGGAUCCUACAAAGGGACGUUACAUUAUCAGCCUACCUGUCUAUCUCCCGGAGGCAAUUAUAACACAAUCAUCUUCCAGAUCGAAUAGUCCCGGUCCUCAAUUGCCCACUCUUACAGUUGAUUUUGAGGUAGUCGGAAUGAAUCAACGAUCAGUUUCUGAUCGCAAGAGAUCUAUCCGCGUAUUUCUUGGUAGUGACACCCUCCGUGCGCAUAACGCAGAUAUACUGUUCUCGCAGAAUCUUAUGACACUCUUCGGCGAUGAUCGUAACAAACUGUCUGUACCAUUUGUUCGGCCAGAGGAUGAACUUCUUUUCAAGGAUUUGUGCAUCGCCAAUAUUCCACCUGAAAAAAAUGAACUCAAGGCGACGGCUCUUCCUUUUACUCCCAGUGAACAACGAUCCAAGAUUGAACCUACAAGCCCAGGUGAUGUAAUUGAAGGGUCACGUAGUGAUCGUGUCAAGCUAGCGGACUCAGAUUCCAAAUCUCAAAUCAGCUCUGCCACUAUAUCGUCCUUUCCCAUUCACAGUAAUGCUCCUGCGUCGGAGCCUGAUAUUUCUAUCAAGGGCAACGACAGUACCUCAGACUUGGAAAAGUCAUACAAAUCGGAUCAAGGCGUGGCCGAUGCAAACAAUGUCGAGUCCAUGAAUGCAAUUGGUACUCCCAAGCGUGAAACGACUAUGGGUACUUGGAGUUCAUGGCGACAAGGCAGUACACCCUUGAAUCCUGACCACAAUAGCGAUUCUACAAGUGGCUAUCAAAAGGCAGUACGUGGGGGUCGAAGUAUGAAGGUCCUAAAACCAUCAAAGUCCAUAUCAUCGCCGUCAACCCUAGCUUCAAAUCGAUCAUCUUCAGGUGCAAGAACAGGUGCGGCUUAUGAACCGGCGCCUUUGCGAUCAAUGGCCGAUCUCAAGCGAAAGGAUCAACCCAAUGGGACUGACAAACAACAGCUUCGUUGGGAGCCAAAGAGGGUAAGUUCAGAGGAGCAGAAGAGCGUUAAAGUUAUUACAACCAUUCCAAGAUCCUCAAAUCCUGUAGGCGGUGCUUCAGCUUUUGCGUGGAUGAAUCCCGGCAAGCCAAAAGCUUCGGCUACCACCACGGAUUCCUGAUAUUGAUUGGGAAAGCACGUGUUCAGGACAAAUAUGUGGUCUGAUAUUCGUGUAGUUGACUGCUCAGUCUCCAGAUAACUUAGAUAAAAAUACCAUGUCUUU